AGAAAUCUUCCGAGCAAAGAGAGUGUAAAAAUUAUCAAAGGCCGGGCGCGUUGGCUGGCUUCUUUUCCUUCUUUUAAACGAGCUCUCCGUCCAUUCUGAGCAAGGGUUUAACAGCUAUCUACUCAAAACCUCUUUCACGUUCUGCGAAGAGGGAAACAAGCGCUCAAGUUUUCCACAGCCAUGGCGAGCACCAAAGUCCAAAGAAUCAUGACCCAACCCAUCAACCUGAUCUUCAGGUUUCUCCAAAGUAAAGCUCGCAUUCAGAUUUGGCUUUUUGAGCAGAAAGAUUUGAGGAUUGAAGGCCGAAUCAUUGGAUUUGAUGAGUACAUGAAUUUGGUUCUCGAUGAUGCUGAAGAAGUCAACAUCAAGAAAAAGAGCAGAAAGUCAUUAGGAAGGAUACUUCUUAAAGGAGACAAUAUAACUCUUAUGAUGAAUAGUGGAAAGUGAUGAUCAUCUCAGUAGUUAUGUGGACUAGCAUUACAAGUUUUCUGAAAUUCACGUAGGUCAAGCCACUCGACUCUACUGUGCUAUCUUUAAAACAUAUUUUAACCUUUCAUGUAUUAUAAGCCACCUCACAGAAGCUGAUUUUUGUUUUUCAGACAGUUACUGGGCUUGCUUUUUUUAUCCAGUAAUUGACAUGUAUGAUUCUGCCCUUUGAUCUGCAUUGUUUAGAUUUCUGAUUUAGUCAGCUUCAGAAAAUCUUCCUUGAGCAUCUGUGGUCUGCAUUUUUUAUGUUAUUUUGAUCCACUUUUUAUCUAGUU